AUGUCUCAAUCAGCUUCUCACCACAGCUUUGGCAAGCCUGGUCACAUUCUGGGAAGAGAGGUCACAUACGAAAAAGACAUUGAGGUAGGGUCAAUACCUCACGACCACCACAAACAUGAAGAAAUCGCCGGCCCUCUCUCGAUUAAAGAUCGCCUGAAGCAUUUUACAUUCGCAUGGUACGCCAGCACGAUGUCAACAGGAGGAGUGGCUUUCGUCCUAUCCGUUGUCCCAAAUCGAUUCGAAGGUCUUACAGGCUUAGGCAUAGGCAUUUUUAUCUUCAAUCUAUUCCUGUUCACGGCAGUUACAAUCGCAAUGAUUUGUCGCUUCGUCAUACACCCUGGAACGUUCACACAUUCGCUCACAAACCCACACGAAGGUUUCUUUUUCGCUACAUUCUGGUUGACAAUCGCUACAAUACUUUCGAAUACCACCGCUUAUGGAAUUCCAAACUCCGGGCCAUGGCUUAUCACAGCUAUACGCAUCGCUUUCUGGGUAUAUACUGUCUGCGCGACAUUACUCGCCAUUUUUUACUAUCACAUUCUCUUCACAGUCAAGAAGCUCGUCCUUACCAACGUCCUUCCGGGAUGGGUAUUGCCCAUCUUCCCAGCCAUGCUAGUCGGGACACUCGCCUCAGCCAUUGCAAAAACACAGCCUGCUGAGCAUGCAAUGACCAUACUCGUUGCUGGCCUCUCAUAUCAAGGACUCGGCAUGAUGGUCGCCAUUAUGAUGUAUGGCCUUUACUUCGGCCGUCUUCUGACCUCUGGUCUUCCAGCCGAUAUGUCUCGUCCGGCCAUGUUUAUUGCUGUCGGCCCACCAUCUUUCACGGCGCUCGCAUUCAUCGGCAUGGCUCAAGAUGUCACUGCUGCAAAGAUCUUUGCUGGGUACACGACACUCAACGGUAUCGUGAAUCAAGACCUCAUCCCAGAUGUCUUGUCUUUGCUUGCCCUCAUCGCAGCUAUCUUCUUAUGGACGCUUGCGUUCUGGUUCUUCGCAAUCGCCGUCGUCGCCAGCCUCGAAGCUGUCCAAAGAAAUGAUUUCCAUCUCAACUGGUACGCAUACGUGUUCCCUAACGUUGGCUUCACGAUCUCGGCUAUCAAGAUUGGAGAAAGAUUGAGUAGCCCCGCGAUCCAGAUGGUUGGUACAGGAAUGGCCGCUGUGUUAUUUUUCUUGUGGAUUCUGAUUGUGAUCUGCCACAUCAGAGCCAUAAUCCAGAAGAAGAUUUGUUGGCCCGGGAAAGAUGAAGAUGCGCAUUGA